ACGUACAUAUCAAUAAACCAAAACAAAAAAAAGACAGUCAAUAUUAUCAAUAAAAUCUCCCAAUUUCCAGCCACUUUUUACUCUCCACCCUAAUAUCACUACUUUAUUUUCUCUCUUGAACAAAUUACACUAAUAGUAAUCCUACUCCUACCUUUUCAUAAUCAUCAUCAUCAACUCCUAUCUCUAUUUCAUAAGUAUUACACAUAUAAUUAACAUAUUAAAGAGAGAAGCAGUACGUAACUAAUUAUUAAUAAAUAUAUAAGAACAUGUAUAGAUCUGCAAGUUGGAACCGAGUUUCGGAUGAGUAUAACACAGUUCAGUCGCCGCCUUCAAUGAGAACGACGUCGUCUUUUGAGGAGGAGGAUGAGCAACUUCCUUUGUAUGAUAUGCAAAUGGGUGAUAUGGCCAAGAAAGAGAGGGCUCGUCUCAAGUUGGCUGAAAAUGCUGUCCAUCUUAUUCCUCUUGUUCUCCUUUUUUGUGCUUUUAUUCUUUGGUUUUUCUCUACCACACCUCCAGAUGGAAGGUAUAAUAAAGGGGAGUUGAUAUCAGCAAGAAUAGAAGGAUUCAUGAGCAUAGAAGGGGAGAUCGAUAAUGAUAGUGAUGGCACUCAAACAGGCAUUAUACCAACUGUGGAUUUAAGAUACACAAAAUCCCCAAGACUAAUUUCUCACAAAACAUCAAAAAAUAUAGAUAAUUGAUCAUAAACUUGAUUGAUAAUGUACUAUUAUUCAAACCCAUUUAUUUUUCUGUUUGCCUCCCAAAAAUAAUCUCAUUCUUAGGUAGUUGUGUUUUGUAUUAAUAUAAUCAUAAAGUUUUAAAGUUUUGCAGCGUAAUUAGCUACUCAAUAUAAAGAAUAAUUAGUAUUUUUUCCUCUAAAUUU